UCAGCAGAUAGAUUCGCGCGCGUCGUCGAGUGGCUCACGUUUUAGAAAUCAUGAAUAUCCGUCGACUACCUGGCUUCAUUUAUCGCUAUAAAAUCGUCGCUUUUUUAAUCAUAACAAGCAUUUUUGUAAUUGUUUAUCACCUCAAUUAUUGGAGUGUAUUGUGCACAAAUUUUGAAUCUCGGCGUUUCGUGUCAGAACUUUGCAACAGGCAAAACAAUGGAAAUGCUGUUGGAAUUCUCUGCUCUCCGCUGUGUAACAGAAAAGAAAUACAUUCCCUUGUUUGCGAAAAUUUACAUGUAGGAAAAGAGGCUGUUUUUUCAGCUCAAUGGGAAAGCACCAAAUUAGUUUUUAAAGCUGCAAAAACAGAAAUAAAUAUUGAACAAACAGAAUUCCUAUUAUGGGAGGACGCAAACGGUUUCAAGCAUUAUCCAUCGGAAACGGAAUUUGCCAGUAUGAUGAAGGAUGUGGUGUUCAAUAAAUUAAAUUACACAAUGUCAACACAUCAACUUGAAAGAUUGUCACGUCUUCAAGCAAGUAAAAUUGAAACUGAAACGAAAAAACGACAAUUGGAAAUGGAGUAUGUCUGGUCAUUAAUACAAAAACAAGAAUACAUCAUGACAAUUUUAUUCGAAGAUAAAGAUGUUUUUCCACAAUUAAUUGGUACAUGCGGCACAUUUUACGCUGUCGAAUAUAUUAAACCAAUUGAAACACAAAUCACUGUAUUUGUAUUAUCCGAUUCAAUGCCAGAAUGGUCGAGACGAGUGAAAUUAGCCAUUAUGAUACUUGAUCUUUUACAAGAUUUAGAAACAGUAUUCACUGAACCAUUUCAUAUCUGUGAUGUGAGAAUCAAUCAUUUCGGUCUAUCACCAGGUGGGCAGAAAUUAAAGUAUCUCGAUCUCGAUGACGUUUAUCCAAAAUCGGUAUUAAAUAAAAAAGUGAAUACAAAUAAAAAAUGUAAAAGAAAUACAGACUGUGAUAUCUUAGGUUGCAGAUCGAUCUGCUCAAAAAAUAAACGCUGUGAAUCACCAGUGACUAAUAAUAAUUUACAAUUAAUUUGUGAAAAAAUUUUUCUCGAUUGGCCAAUUUCGAGAUUAAUUAUAAGUCCAGGAUUAUUAAUGUCCAAGCACACUAACGAUUCAUUGGCUAUUCUUUUGAGACAAUGUGCAAAUCCAAAUGGAGAUAUGUCACAAUUAAGUCGAGUUGCUGCUCCAGAAAAUUUAAAAUUACGUUUAUAUAAUAUAUUAAGUGAUAUGGAUAAGGAAUUAUCUUCACAACUUCCACGAAAAUAAAUAAAUACAUAUUUUCUCCUGUUUCAUAUAAAAUUUAAAAAAAAAAUUGUUUUAAAGAAAAAAAAAAUUUUUUAAUGAAAAUUUCACCUGGAAUGCCCCAUAUGUAGGUUUAUCUGAACAAAUUGUAUUUUCACUAGUAAAGUAUAUAAUACUAUCUCGAAACGGUUUUUUUUAUGACCAGGAUAAUUUUUAAAUUUGUUUUUUUCGCUUGCUGUAGAAUCAUAAAAUUGGAUAUUAACCCCUUUUGUUAUGACACCAUUCAAAUAAUGUCUAAUAAUAAUAACUCUCGAUACAAAAAAAAAAUCAAAACAUAAAAUUUUUAUUCAUUUUGAUUUUUUUUUUGUAUUGAGAGAUACAAAAAAUAAUUAAGCAAUUUGCCUUAAAAUAAAAGAAAAAUGUCGAAUUUGAAGAAUUUUCGAUUUUUGGUACAAGUGAUAAGGGUAGUUUUUAUUACCAAAGGGUAGAGCCAACAAACUAUGCAGGGUGUUUUUGAAGAGCCCAAAAAUAAUUAAGUUAAAUUCCAUAAAGAGGAAAGAAAAAU